UAUAACACUUGUGUUUAUAUCGACACAAACCAAAAUAAAAUCUUCCGCUUUCUUUUUCGGUUGUCGUUUGAGAUAAACGCACGUAAACCUUGAACUGAACAUAUUGAAAUAACACGGAUAUUGAUGUCGCUUUGAUGUACCUGUUAUGUUUACUAUCUUUAUAAGUAAUAUGUGAUUUAGGUUCGGACAGCUGAUUGGAUAUUUGAUUUACUGUCUUCCUGAUGAUGUUAUUUCAUAUCUCCGAUAUUAUUAUCAUUAACUUUUUUGGAUGUUUACAUUUUUACAGGCGUUUUAAAGUGAGGUUGAGCUUUUGAGUCGUGUGAUGGUUUAACCAAAUUGAUUAUGCUAAUCAUUUGAACAUAAAAGUUACAGAAAUUUAUAAAUAAGCGUGUUGAAAUAACAACGAUGAAUUGCGUAGUAACUACAAUACAUUUGGAAUAGCGUUGUGAACGGUAGUGCAGCGAUGAAUUUUAACAUCAUUUUUUAGGUCAAGGUGUUUGGUAAUUGUAAUAUAACACGUUCGAACAAUACGUUGUUUUGGAUUCAAUUGUACAUUUUAACGUAGCGGUUGAUUUUAGAUAUAAAUCAUGAAGAUAACUAAUGAUUCGAAGGAUAGCAGAAACAUAAAGUAACAAGUACUAGCCAAAUAACACAUGGAUUUAAAUUUAUGACGCUGUGAAACACUAUGGAACAGGUAAAUCAGUUGACAUUGCUCAUGACCAUUCUACUUCCGACUCAGUGCGAGCACAACACACGCUUCUAGACGCAAUGGAGGCCCCACAUGAUGCUGAUAUAUAUAUUAAGACUGAGGAUAAAGCAGCCUCUGUAGAACGCGCUGACGUUGGAACAAACUAUGAUGCUGUUGACACAGUUUCUGUUGAAGGUGACAGUGUGACUUCAGUUACAACCAUGGAAGUAGACUAUACAAUUCUAGACGACAAAGGGGUCCCUUCGGACAAUAAUUUAUAUAGUACGACAAGUGACCCAGGGGAAGACGUUGAUAUCUCUGAAGCUCUAACAAAUCAUGAACACAAUGAAACACCUGUAACUGUACACGGCAGUGUAGUUUCUAAUACAACCAGUGAGCUGAACACAGGUGUAAACGACACUGAGUUUACAAGUGAUAUGAACGCUUCCACCAAUAAACCAGACAGACACCAAUGCCCUCCCGGAGAGGACAAUAUGGAGUCAGGCAUUGCUUCCAAUCCUCAAAGCGUUUCUUGUCAAUCUGACACUGUCAAGGUUACGGCGUCUGAUCCCAAGGAAGACACUAUCUAUACAAAUGGUGACCAAUAUGAUGCCCAACAACGUGAAAGUGAACACGACAGCAGUGUAGCCGAUUUUGUAGCAAACCUGACUAUCGACGGAGCGUUUGACUGGCUCGAUGAACGUAACAUCGAUCAUGAUCUGAACUCUUUGGAUGAAAUGAGGCUUCUUAUUAAGAGAAUGAUCAUUCAAGAGAGAAAUAAAGCACUUACUACAAAACAUAACGUACAGCAAUCGCUUGAUUCCGAAAUGAAUGAAAUACUCAUACGUGAUCGCCAAAUGAAGGAUGAUCUAGCUGAGUUGUACACCACCAUACUAGACUUUGUCGGACAUUUAACUAAAGAUCUUCAGACGUCCCUAUCGGAAUUAUAUGGGGAUUAUGUUUCUAAAAUGUCCAAAUACAAAAAAGACCUAUUGGAGGCCGAAUGUCCAAUUGUUGUUGCAGGAGAAACAAGUGCCGGCAAAAGCAGCUUCCUGAAUUUGCUGUUGGGAACUGAUGUGCUUCCGUACUCGUUGCUGUGCGCGACGUCAACCAUUUGCCGCGUGCACCCUAUUGCGGCAGACGCCGAACGCUACUACGUGGUACACAAGGCAGACGGCACGGAACACAGGCAGACGAUCCGAGAACAUGACGUGGAAGCGUUAGAGAAGUUGAAACAGGAAGUGACGCACCGAGAUGCUGGAACGGAUUAUAAAUGUGUUGAUAUAUAUUGGCAACUGCCGCUGCUCGGGAACAACUCGCAUGUGACAAUCGUGGACACACCGGGCGUCGGUGAGUGCAAGCUGCUGUCCGAGAAACUGUUCGAGUACCUCCCUAAGGCGGCAGCCUUCAUCUAUGUGCUCAACAGCGCCAACUCCGGCGGAGUCCAGGAGGAUAGGCUGGUGACGAUCUUCAAUCGCCUCAAGCUGGAGGAGGCUAAGGGCGGUCUGUUCAGUUUCGAUCCCAGUUGUACCAUGUUCGUGUGCAACAAAUGGGACAUCGUGGAGGAGCGGGAGCGGAACCAGCCCGGCUCCGAGGCGCAGGUCUGGCAGGACACGGUGGACAAACUAAAGAAGCACCUACCGGGAUUCUCCUGGGACAGAUAUAUGUACAAAAUGAGCACCACUGAGGCAAGCAGAUACAUCACUUCCGGUAUCGGCUACACGGGACGGUAUGCGGCGUUGAUGGGAGGGCUGCAGAAGCUGAUCUUGUCGAGCCUGACGGGCAACGCCAACAUACACUACAGGUGGAUAGGCAACUUUCUCGAGCAAAUACGGAAGUAUGUGGCGGCCCGCGUGAAUCGUGCUCGUGCAACAGAAGUGGAGAAGAAACGCAUGUUCGAAGAAGUGAACACUCGUCUGGCGAGACUGAGAGAAGACGCAGGCCAUGUGAAGAAGAGAUUGCGAGAAUUUGCGCUGGUCAGAUGUCGCAAUCUUGCGAGUUCUCUCUUCGCGUAUUUACACAACCCCGAUGUACAAGCUCGGAUUAAACUCUGGACAGAUUUGCAGGCGCCGGUUAUCGAAGCGGACGAUUUCGACGCGACGAAACUUAAAGGAGAGCGUAUGAUACAAGCCCGAAUAAUGGAUGAAAUCACAAAGUGGGAAGCUGGUAACCAAAUAGUGAAGACAGUCCAGAACGAGCUUACACACGAAUUUAAGCUUGAAUGCAAGUUACUGACGGAAGAGUGUACUGAUAUUCAGAACCUCAUAGAAGGCGAUAUAAUAACUCCAGAGAGAAGAUUGUCAGAUUUUGGGAAACAGAACAUUGAAGUGAAAACCUCUGUAUUUACCACAAGUGAAAAGGUGAUUCUGAUUGUGGCUGCUCCACUAUGGAUCCCCGUGGUUACAGCCGCCUCGUUGUUGUUCCUUCCGGUGGGGGUUGGGAUGCUUAUAAAACAGACCGUUCAGGCAAAACAGCAACGAAAGGAAUACACGAAAGAUAAAGCGAAGUACAUGACAAUAUGGACAGAACAAGUCAUCGAAGAUUUCUUUAAAGAGUCGGUCAUUGACAAGUUUAUCUCAGAAACGUACAUGUCAUUGUUUGAGAGGAAAAUAAAGGAUCUUUGCGAAGAAACUAUUCCGGCACAGAUUAAGGCGGACAUUCAACAAGUGGAGCAAAUACAGCGAGACCGGCGGUCGUCCAAGACAAUAACCCGAGAAUUUAAGCCUAUUCAAAUCACGCUGCAGGACAUCAUUGGACAACUCAAACUAUACGGAUUAAAAUUCGUCACGAAAGACUUAAUCGAUGUAGCGCAGAUUCGACGAAUCCGUGAAAUUGGAAAGGGCAGCUUUUCCACAGUGUACUCGGCGCUGUAUCCGGCCACUGGAAAUUGCAGAGAAGUGGCUCUGAAGAUCCUAACGCUGCGCUCUGCAGACUUAUACUCGCAGCUGACCGAAUUGGAGUGCCUAAGGAAACUCAAACAACAUGAAAACAUCGUAGAGUUCAUCGGUGUUUGCUACUCUGAUAGAAUGCCUGCGAUCACUGAAGGGGGCAGUCUGGAAACCAUGAGUCAACACAGACUCAUGUUCAUGUUUGAAAUAUGUGACCAGUCAUUAGAAGACUUCAUCUUCAAAACGCAACAUCUACAAUGCGGGCACUACGACUCAAAAGAUCGACCGACCGAAGCCCUGGAUUUCUAUGUGAAAGCAGGGGUUGGCAUAGCCAGGGGACUGGCUCACAUUCACGCCAGCAACUUUGCUCACAGGGAUCUUAAACUAGCCAAUGUCCUGAUGAGCAAAGGGGUGGUCAAAGUGUGCGACUUCGGCUUUGCCAAACACGAGACGGACUUAUCUGGCACAUACACAGGUACCCGUACACACAUGUCACCGGAAAUACUCUCCGGCAAGCCGUAUACGAAGAAGACAGACAUGUACAGCCUCGCUAUAGUUCUCUGGGAACUUUGGUAUGGAAGACACGCGUAUUCGGAAGACACUUACGAUACUUUUGACGUCGGGACCCUGCUAGAUGCCAUAAAGGAAGGGACCCGCCCAAACUGCAGAGAAAGAUACGCCAUACCAUCUAACCUUGUUCAGUUGAUCGAGAGAUGUUGGGAUGGCAAUCCAGACGUACGACCAACCGCAGAGGAAGUGACAACAGAUUUACAGAUUGUGUUUAAAACCAGACACUCUACAUGAAUAAUGUUAUAAGAUGGUUCAUUAGAGAACAUGGAUUGAGCAAUGCAACUACUGAUGAUCUAUUGAAGUUUGUCGUCAUCGAUAUAUUUGGCUCAGUAUCACUGAACGUUAUCUUUGAAAGAUCCCGUACUACAUGUGGCAAAGAACGUCUGCGUAUGACACGUAUACAAUCAUGCGUACAAUCAUGACAAUGUAAAUACACAAGACAAAAUAAAGAACAACUGUACACUGCUUUGAACCGUUGUAUUCGAAGUAACUUGUACUUCAACGCGAACACCUAUUUCAGUAUGUGCAUGAGCAACUCGGACGAACCAACAGGACGCAUCUUAUUAUAUAAAUUGGACCGUGCUCUGAGAAAAAGGGGUUACAUGCAUGUGCGUAAAGUGUCGUCCUAGGUUACGUCACUUUCCGCUUUCAUGAUUUUUGUUCGUUUAAAGAAAGUCUCUUCAUAGCGGAAAUCCAGUUUAGGUGGAAAUUUUGGUCCAUGAUUAGCCUGUGCGGAUUACACAGGCUAAUCUAGGACAAACUUUACGCACAUGCAUUAAACCCCAUUUUCACAGAGAACAUUAUUAUUGUUAAUGAAGCAAUUACUCUUUGGUCUACUGAGUAUGCAGGCACAACAGGUUUGUGGGUGAUUCAUUAACAGAGAUUUAGUAACAAAUGUCAUAGUCUAUCGCUUUAAUAAAUGCAUUAUUCGAAAUGUUAACUCCACAAUAUAGUACAUAAUGCACUUGGAGACUUUUCUAACGCAACACUUUUCAAACUUGAAUAUCUCAUGUAUUAGUAAAGAUUUUGAUUUAAAAUUGUACAUGUGAUCAGUUGACUACAUUCUGAGCAAGCUCGAAAUAAAAUCAUUCAUCCCUGAGGACCAGACACUUAAGCACGUGGAGUAUGUAUGGUGUCAUAUGUUUUUCACGUGGGAAUGGUGAAACGCCAUAUUAUUCUAAAUUUAUUAUAAUGUCACCAUUUUAGGUGGGUUCUUACAUCAGAAAAACAUCAAAUUACUUAAAAAAAUUGGCUCAUAUAAAUAUUCAAGAGCAUAACCGCGCAUUUUGGCGCAUUGCAUGCUACAUGUAAGUGUAUUUGAGACUUUCCAACGCAACACUUAUCAAAAUUAAAUAUCUCACUUAUGGCGUGUCAAACGUUUCAAAAUUCAAAGUUUUCAUAUUUAUGUGGUAUAAUUAUAUAUACAACAUAUAUAUGUUAAAAUCCUAUAUAAUGUAUGGCCUAUAUAUGUUGUAUAAUUUCAUAUUUAUGCUCGAUAUUUUCAUAUAUAUGUUCUAAAAGUCCAUAAUAUGUAUGCAAUAUUUUGAUAUAUAUGUGGUAUAAUGCCGAUAUUCGUGUUGUACAAUUUAAAAAAUAUUUGUGUGUUAUAAACUUUCAUAUUUGUGUGCAAUAAUUCCAUAUGUUUGUUGUAGCCUGCAAUUGACCAAAAUGCGCAGUUGCGCCUCUGAACAUUCAAAUUAGCCAUACAUUUUUUAAUUAAUUAAUAAUGUUUUACUGGUGUAACAACACACCUUAAAUGAUGAAAUUGAAAUAAAUUUAGAAUAAUAGUGAGUUUCACCAUUGCCUUGUGCAGAAAGAUGAAGCCAUACAUACCCCACCUGCUAAAGCGUCCGAUCGUCACGCAUGAAUAAUUUUAGCUUGAGAUUGCUCAGAAUAGUCAAAUGAUCACACGUACAAUGUUAAAUCAAAAAAUUUGCUCACAACUGAGAUAUUCAAGUUUGAAAAGUGUUGCGUUAGAAAUGUCUCCAAGUGUAAUGCGGGUAAUUUCUUUUUUAUUAUUUACAAAAAAGAAUGCAACCAUGUAAAGGCAAUAUAGUUCUUUUGUAACAUUAUUUUUUGUCGUACAAACGCAUGUAAGUAGUCGUAAUAUCGGUGUAUUGGUUAUUGUGGCAUUAUACAAGUUACGAAAUUUUAUGAUAUACAUUAUGAUUUAUAGUUAAUACUAUUACUUAAGUGAAAAAACACACCCGAUCUUCAAAACUACCUCAUUUGCAUCUAAGCCUCGCAUGAUUUUACUUAAAUUUUCUAGUGGCAUUUCUAACUUAAAAUAAAAUGUUUUUUUUGUUUGCAUUUUUUCGACAUGCAUACAAAAACAUUGAACACGUGCAUUUAAUAAGUACAGAUGGACGUCAAUAUUUGGAGAAUUGUGAGAGAACUUAUGAGGUAUGUCUGAGAAGAAUGUUUCUCAGAAUACAUUAUAACAAUUUUUUAUAAUUGAAACAACUUUUGCCAAUUGUCAAUUCACAAAAAUCAUGUUGUUCUUAUUUGUUGAGAUGAUGCUUUAUUAUAUGAGUUCACAUAAAGGUCGCAUACAAUUAUUCACUGAGCUUUGGAAUAUUUAUGUGUUGUUAACCGGCUCUAUGGUUUUAGAAACAGGGGGACUUUGUGAUCUUUCCUAUUUGCUAUAUGUCUUGUUUUCAGUUCCUGAAAAUAAUUUGUCUUAUGUAUUUCAAAAAUUAAUCGUCAAACAUAAAAUAAAUGUUCAGCGCUGAAGAUCAAAUAUAUGCUAUAACAUUCUUUAUGUUGCCGUAAAUUCACGAGCAGGACUCGAUGCUAUUUCGGUCAUCUUGUUUUUAAAUUUUCCAUUUUAUGGUUUGGAACUUUUGUCCUUGUUUUAGUAUAUAUUUCAAAACCAUUCGUGUAACAGCAUGCAUAUAGUGUCCAAUCAUAAUUUAGUCAGACUUUGAUUGCCGCUUUACGAACGUUAAAUAUCCUUCAACCAUUGUUUUGCACACUGAUUAGUUGUAACUCUCAUAUAUUUAGUCGUCAUGCUUCCGUAUAUCAUGUCAUUUUCAAAUAAAAUAUGAAAAUAACA